AAGGCACAACUCUCACUGCGCGCGCCGCGUGCGGUUGUGGUUACUCACUGCUCGCCCACCUCCUCGCCUCGGCCGCUGCGACGUACAGUCGCUCCGAUACACACUUCAGUGUUCUGUCACGCAGCACUCUGUUUGCGCGUUAUGCCGAAUAUCGCGCAGUUUCUCUCGAAAAUUAAUUAGUAUGUGAAUGCUACGGUUUUAUAUUUUGUUCUUCAUGAAAACGAGUGAAAUGUUCUUCACAUACUGAUCGAUGCAAGUUAGUUUCACCAGGACGGACUUCAUGAGGAUCUGAAUAUUUGUUUCAACUGCACUGAGUCAUUCCGACUCCUUCAGCUUUCAGUUAUGAUUAUUAGGAUAUCAUGGCUACUACAAUUUCUAUCAACUGUAUUCAUAAUUACACAAACUUUAGGUAGCCCUAUAUUUCUUCAAAAGCCGGGUACGAUCGGUCGUCCAGUAAUCAAAUGGAGACCUCCAACAGACACUUGGAAUUGGACGACCACGCCGAGGAACGAAGAACCGUUCUUUGUACCGGCAAACUUUAGCCACAAAUUGCCUCCAUCUGCCAAUGAAACCGAACUGAUUGCUCACAUGACGGCUUUGAAAAGAAACUACUCUCGCCUCCUUUGGGAUAAUGAUAAAAGCACUAACCUGCCAGUCUUCGUAGAAAAAGCAUUAAAACUUCUCAAUUUGAAACAGGUUUAUUAUGAGGUCGAACAUUCUGUUAUGUCGAAGGUAUCGUGCACGGCUUGCAAAGCUGGUGCCGGAUUACUGCAGCAUUACAUAAGACUCGGUAAAAGCAAAGAAGAAAUCAAUAAAAUGAUUUAUCAAUUUUGCGUAUCAUUAAAAAUUCAAUCAGCUCGAGUUUGCGAAGGCAUAACAAGAUUAUUUGGCAGUGAGGUGGUAUAUGUUUUGAAACGAAUCACUAUCGGACCAGAUGAGAUAUGCAGUUUUGUGAUAGGCGACGCUUGUGGCGACGUUUAUAACCCUUACCAUGAAUGGGAGGUUGUCUUUCCACCAGUCCCCAAGCCAGCGAUUCGAGCUCCAGCUGUACCUGAUGAUAAGGCUCCUACCUUUAAAGUUCUUCAAAUAUCUGAUACACAUUUUGAUCCUUAUUACGCCGAGGGAGCAAACGCAGAAUGCAACGAGCCCCUGUGUUGUCGAGCGUCGAGCGGCCCUGUGUUAACGCCAGGCGGAGGCGCUGGCCGGUGGGGGGACUACCGCAAGUGCGAUACUCCAAAGAGAACCAUCGACCACAUGCUGAAGCAUAUCGCUGCUACUCACACUGAUAUAGAUUACAUUUUAUGGACAGGAGAUUUACCGCCCCACGAUGUAUGGAACCAAACCAAGGAAGAAAACUUGAAAGUUCUGCAAGAAACUGUAGCGCAAAUGUCCGACAUGUUUCCAGGCGUGCCUAUUUUCCCUGCUCUUGGAAAUCAUGAAUCGUCUCCAGUUAAUAGUUUCCCGCCGCCUUACAUUUCAUCGCCGGAUCAGAACAUCUCGUGGCUAUACGACAAGCUGGACACGCACUGGCGCGAGUGGCUGCCCGCGGGCGUAUCGCACACUGUCCGCCGCGGCGCGUUCUACUCGGUGCUCGUGCGGCCCGGCUUCCGCAUCAUAUCGCUCAACAUGAACUACUGCAAUAAUAAGAAUUGGUGGUUGUUACUGAACAGCACUGACCCAGCUACCGAGCUACAGUGGCUGAUCUACGAGUUACAGUCGGCCGAGUUCAGCGGAGAAAAGGUUCAUAUAAUAGGUCACAUACCGCCUGGUCAUUCCGACUGUCUAAAAGUAUGGAGCCGAAAUUACUAUGCCAUUAUAAACAGAUACGAAUCUACAAUAGCAGCCCAAUUUUUCGGGCAUACACAUUUUGAUGAGUUUGAAGUUUUUUAUGAUUCUCAUGACCUUGGUAGAGCAACGAGCAUAGCAUAUGUUGGUCCAUCUGUUUCGCCAUACUACGAUUUGAAUUUGGGGUAUCGGAUAUAUUACGUGGACGGUGACCACGACACAACGACUCGACAAGUGGUAGACCACGAAACAUGGAUAAUGAAUUUAAAGGAAGCUAAUCUGUUUGGAUACCCGAUAUGGUACAAGUUGUACUCGGCCCGAUCUGCAUACAUGAUGCCCGCGUUGCGACCACAAGACUGGGAUAAGUUUAUCGACGAUAUGACUUCAAAGGAAGACGUAUUCAAUUUAUAUUACAAACAUUACUGGAAGAAUAGUCCUCGCCGAGGCACGUGCGACAGUGAGUGUCGCAAGCGGUUGAUCUGCGACGCGCGUUCGGGCCGAUCGCACGACCGCCGCGCGCUCUGCGGCACGAUCGAGGCGCGCAUCGACGGCACCUCCCCCGCCCCGCAGACCUGGCGCGCCUGGCUCUACAACGGACUCUCAGUCUCAAAUGAACCUAGCGUACAACAAGUUUAGUUGGUGGUGGUGGUUAUGUUACAGGGACAAGGCGAGGGUAAAAUAAGGAUGUCAAUGUUAAUGCAAAUACCUCAAGUGGCCUACCAGAUACCCAAGUUCGUGAUGGGACUCGGUUGAAAAUUAUACUCAGUCAGAGGAAGUGAAAUCGUACCACCGUAUAAAUCAUGACAGUCAUACUACACAUACCACAAUCGAGUCAACCAUUAAGUUGCAUGUUGCAUAC